CUUUCCAUCUGCUGAUUUAAGUUUUUAGUAUCUGCUAUCACACUCAGUUUAAUUCGAACUCCCUUGUCAUACAGAGAGAGUAGGAAUGUUUGCUACCUUCCAUCACUUGGGAAGCGAAAUUUGACACCGAUUCGGUGUAAACAAUAUGGACGUUCAUUUUCACUGGAUGGGAUUUGUUUAAGUUGGACACUAGACGGAGUUUUCUUUCAUGUUGUCCUUAAAGAUGGAUAGGACGAAUAAAACUAACAGAUAUGAAUAUUAAUUUGUAUCAGAGUAGAUGAUUUCCCUGUGUUCAUCUGGGAAUUCGAUUGCAUUACAUACGGAUAUCUGGCAGUAUUGUGAAUGUACUGAAAUUGGGAAUGUGUUAAUAAUUGUCUUUAGACUUGGUGAAUUGAUAAUAACUUGUUUACUAUUAAGUUUUAUUCGUUCGAUAUCUAUAAUACCCAUUACUGAGGAGCCUCUGUUCAGAUCGAAACAACUGUUCGGUAGCUCUUCAGUUCUUAACACGUUCACUAGAUGGACUCCAUACAUGACACAAACUUAUUGUUGAUCUGUUAUUAUUGCACCCAUUUUGAAAAGUGACUUUAUCGAAUUCUUUUCUUCGUUUCCUCUACUUUACAGCCUCGUUUUGUGGAAAACAAAGAAUUAUCCUUAAAUUUCUGGUGUUUAAAUCCAUCUGUAGUGUUUUCACAGUUAGCAUCAAUGGCGCAUUGUGUAAUCCUAAUGAGCGGUACUCUAUCACCAUUGGAUUCACUUGAAGCUGAACUAAAUGUACAAUUUCCAUUACGUUUAGAAGCAAAUCACGUCAUUUCAAAUAGUCGUCUGUUAGUAACAACAUUAUCACACGGUCCAAACGGUACACGACUUUGUGCUACCUAUCAGCACCAGAAUACCUAUACAUUUCAAGAUGAGAUUGGUGCGGUUGUUGUCAAUGCGUGUCGUUUAGUACCUGGUGGUGUAUUGUGUUUUCUACCAUCCUAUAGUCUAUUGGAUAAGCUAAUACAAAGAUGGGAGGUGAAAAGUUAAUGCUUUUUGUUUUACUAAUUCUAUAGUAGUCAUAAAUUUGAUUCUUGUCUAUCCAUUCAUCAUUUUUGCAAUGAAAUAAACUUAUCUCUUACUGAUUACACUGCAAUCACAAUUCCCAAUAAAUAGUUCUUAGGCUAUUCAUUUAACUGGAUUGCUGAAUAAUUUAAAUAUGAUAAAACAUGUUAUGAUUGAACCGAGAUCAUCUGUUGGUUUAGAUGAUUGGCUUGAAGAGUUUUAUACUUCAGUAAAUCAAAAUGUUCCAAAUGCCAAAUUGAAGUCAAGACGAAAAUCAAUUGAUCAGGCUAAUAAUAAUGAAUCACCAUCACUGAAUGGAAAAUCUCUUAUGUUAAAUAAAUCAGGAUCAAUUAUAUUUGCAGUUUGUCGUGGUAAAGUUAGUGAAGGCUUGGAUUUUGCUGAUUCUUAUGCACGUUUAGUAAUUGCCAUUGGAAUUCCUUAUCCAGCAUUCACAAAUCCUCAGGUCCAACAAAAACGUGAAUUUAACGAUGCGCUUUAUAAAUCCUCAGCCAAAAUGGCCUGUACAGAUAAGCAUAUACGAUCACCAUUACAAAAUCUUAAUUCAUCUGUGGAAAAAUAUGAUACAAAUGAUGAUAUAACUUCUUCCACCUCUAAUGUCUCUUCUCCAAGACGUAGAAAAGUACUCAGUGGAUCAGAAUGGUAUGAUGCUCAAGCCUAUAGAGCAUUAAAUCAAGCAUUAGGACGUUGUAUUCGACAUGCAAAUGAUUGGGGUUCUAUUUUAUUGGCUGAUGCACGUUUUGUGGAACAAUCAUCUCGUUAUAUGUGUGGUAUAAGUCGUUGGAUCCGAUCUAGGUAAUUAUUCCAAUCUGAAUUUUCUUCUUGUUUAUAUUUAUGUCACUUUACUGAUAGAGACAACGAUAACAAACUGAACGACAUAUAAAUGUGUGACCAACACUCACUUGGACUUUCAGUGCUCACGCUACAGAAGUAAGCAGGAAGAAACCUUGGAGAGACCAAAAAGCAUGGGGUCAAACCACUAAUCAUUGACUUAUUUAAACUGAGGUCUACCUAGUCUUAGGAUUGUACAAUAACUGCUAUUAUUGUUUAGAGAUGUUGGCUGACAUAACACAGAAUCAGUCACAAUGACGACACAUAUGGACUCACUCUCUAUCUUCCACUGAAUCUUAAAUUUCAACGUUCCUCCACACACAUAUCUUUUCACUUCGUCUUCUACAACCAUAUUCUCAGUACGUAUGUUCAUUUCGACAUACAGAUGAAGAAAUGAGAAUUAGGGAAGGCAGAUGCAUUUGUUGGAAAUACUACUCAUUAUAUGAACUAGUAUAGCUCAGAAUAGUCGACAGUUAGUGCAACAAGGUGACAGCUAUUGGAUAAAAUAAUAACCGUACAGAAGUACACACAAGGAAUACAUGAAUGCAGAAUUACAAUCACACGAACAUGAGAUGUGUGUGUUGAAGGUUACAAUUUUCUAUAAAGUCGAUAGAGUUAUUGGGAUGGUAAAAGUGACUCACAUGCUGUCUGAGUUGCUAAAACCUGCUUUAAGUUGGGAUAAAUCACGCAGGCAUGUAGUAACAUAGGUGCUACAAGUUUUUAUUGGAACUUUUUCAAUUGCGAACUGAAAACAAUUGGAAAACAAUACAGCACUGUGUAGUUGUUUCAAAUUUUUCAUUGCUGACCCCCCAAGAGACCUUCAGAUCUCGGAGGCUUAAACCAACUACUCGUUGAUCCAGUGGUUCAAGAUGUUAGCUUUGGUCAACUCGCAACAGAGAGCGACAACAUCGACAUUUGUCCUUUUGAUUUAUGUGGCUGAGAUUCAUCAGUUGUAGAGCAAGUUGGGUGAGGAACGGCCAAAAGAAAACAUGGCAUCCGUUCACGAAAUCACUAACUGUCGAACGUAGCUGUUUCAUUGCAUACUUUUCAGCUGGGAUUUGCACUAAAACUGUGACCAAUGGUUGUAAACUUUGGAAUGGCAUGAUUCAGAAUCAAUUACAGUAGAGCACAUAUGAUUCGAAAUAAAACGUGAAAUUCACCUCAAAAUUUCUAUCACAUCUCGCCACAAUAGCAGUUUAUAAAUAAGACUUUUUUUUGGCUGAUAUACGUCAUGUAAUUUAAUCAUACUAACCACAGUUUCUAUAUAUUAAUGUCUAGUUUAUAAUUUACAUCAUAGCGUAACUUCAGCUAAGGAAUUUUUUGAAAAGGAGGAAACCGUAAACUUUUGUUUGAUCGUAACAUGUAGCUCUUUCUAAUUG